UAAAGCUCAGGUCAGUUAUGGAGGCAGGACUGAAUUGCAGCUCACACUGCGAGUCUGGUGUCUGCUUCAUCUAUCCAGGGAUGAACCACCAGCAGGGCUGGGAUGUACUGCAGAGACUCUGUGCUCUCUCAGUGAGGGAUGUGGAUGCACAGAGUGGAACCCUGUCUCCUGCUCUUCGCACUGUAGUCUGGACACUGCUCUCUUGUGGGAUACUUCUGGCCCUCUUCUUCCUCAUUUUCACUCUCAGAUUCAAAAACAAUAGGAUAGUGAAGAUGUCCAGUCCCAAUCUGAAUGUGCUGACUCUCUGUGGCAGUGUACUUACAUACAUCAGUGGCUUCUUAUUUGCCAUGGAGGAGAGAUCACCUCUACAAGAAGUAGGAUCAAGAGCAAUCUUACAGGCGCGGAUCUGGACACUGUGUAUCGGCAGCUCUCUGGUGUUUGGUCCCAUACUUGGGAAAACAUGGCGGCUCUACAGAGUGUUUACUCAGCGUGUGCCUGACAAGAGAGUGAUUAUUAGAGACAUUCAGUUGAUGGGUUUGGUUGCUCUGCUGGUCCUAGUGGACAUUGUUUUUCUAACAACAUGGGGUCUGAUGGAUCCAAUUAAGUGCUCUCGGUCUUUAAGUGCAAUGGUGAAGGUAAUAGAGAUGGAUGCAUCCUACUCUCUGUCCCAGCUAGAAUCCUGUUCCUCUCGCUUCUCUGACCUUUGGGUAACACUUCUCUCUGUGCUUAAGGGCAGCCUCCUCCUUUAUGGCACAUACCUUGCUGGCCUGACAAGCAACGUCAGCUUGCCCCCAGUAAACCAGUCCAUGACCAUCAUGGGUGCUGUCUGCCUGGUUACCAUGUCAACUGCUGUGGCUGUGCCCGUGUCUCUUUACAUGUAUGCCUUGCCCAAUGUGGCCUACAGUGUAGUGUCUGGAGCCAUCUUCAUCUGUACACUAGCCAUAAACUGUCUGCUGUUUGUCCCUCAAUUGACCCAGUGGAGACAGUUUAAAGAGGAGACAAACUCUCAUCCCAGUCAGAUGGCCAAAUACUUCAGUAGUCCCAGCAAGACCACAAACUCCAUGUACAGUGAGGAUGAAAUCUAUUAUCUACUUGGAGAAAAUGACUCCAUGAGAAGGCUCAUCAAUGAGAAGAAUGCCAUUAUUGACAGCCUGCAGGAACAAGUGAACAAUGCCAAGGACAAACUGCUCAAACUGAUGACCGUCAACCACCACUUGGAUGAAGGUGAAAUGGACUCCUCCAACACAAACCUCAACUCCACCUCAACCCAAACCACAGUGGUAUUUCCAGAUUCUCCUCCAACCCCACUCCUAACAAAAUACUCAGAAGUUGCUUCCAAUGUAGCUCACUACAUACCUCCUCCAACACUUCCUUCUCACAUUACCUCACAACAAACAUCCCCUGAAAGCCCAAAAGCUACAGAGGUGUCUCCAUCUACCCCACAACUAAGGCCUCCACCGCUUCCAGAUGAGGCCUCUCAGGUUAACUGUCGGAGGUCUGAUUAUGUGAGUUUGAAGUGUAGCACAGAAAAGGUACUUCCUAUCCUGAACAGCAUCAGAAACUCUACAAGUAUCUCAGACAGUCUUGAAGGAGUAACCGUGAUUUUGGAGAAACCUAUGGGUCAGUGCAAAUUUGUGCAGGGUUCCUCUCCUCUGAAUCGUUGGUCUAGUUCAGCUCAGGUUGAUACAUCGACCACAUUAGAAAAUACUGCUGUGUCAACAGCAGGACGACAGGGCUUUAUAAGGAAUGACCAACUGGUGGAGAUUCUGCAGGACCUGAGCGUGGAUGCUGUGAGCAGCUCUCUCAGAUCACCCGACCAGUUGCGGAGAACUUCUAUCAAUCCAGAUCAUGAACAUCUUAACUCUGCUCUUUCUUCGCUCUCUCCUCGAUCACCCCUACAAUUCUACUUCCCCACCAUUUCACCCUGUCUCAUGCGGAAACGCAGACCUCCGUUUUACUCCACUAGAGAGGGACCUCCUCCUUACUAUUUUCCAGGCUCCGGACCUCCAGGACAUAGAAGAGCAUCAGCUUUUCCAGAUUCUGAUCACCCCAAAAGUCCUACCAACCCUCCAAGUCAGGACUUAGGUCCAGGACUUCAACCAAGAAGAAGCCGCUCCAGACAGGACAGUUGGGAGUUGUCUUCUCGCAAAUGUUCUAUUACUCCUUUUACGGAACAGGUUCCUCAGCUUGCCUCAGCUGGGCUGAUGGAGGGGGUUAAUACAUUGAAUGAGCCAUAUGACUACUCAGACUCAGACUCCAGCAGCUCAGAGGGCUACUGUUACUACCACCGUCCUUACUGCGGGGCCUGUCGACAUCACCCAUAUGACUCCACAGACAGCCUCACAUCAGAGAGCUCUGACAGUGAGGAUGGAGGGUUCUGCCACUCAGCACAACCUGUAGUGAACUUUAAAGUGGAUCUUAAACCAACCUUUGUUUGAACAGAUGAAGUGAAUUUCUGAAUUAAAAAUCAUUUUGAUAUUAUUUGUGGUGCUUAAAGUAUAAAAUGUCUAGGAAGUAUAACUGUCCGUAGAUUGCAAUUCAUGAGUUUGCGUGUUCAUAUAAUCUUGAGGUUAAAAUGGUUAAACUGGUUUGGCUUGAUGUCCCCAAUGGAGGACCCCGAGUGAGAGACACAACUCGCACGCCAAGCUUCCCCCUGAACUAUGUGAAGAUACUACUGAAAAUAGUGCACAACAAAGACAGUGUAAAAUGAAGGUGAAGAUGGGGUGGAAGAGGGAUGCUGGAAGAAUUGAUGCUGGGGAGAGGUAUGCGAGCCUUAUGUUCUCUAGCGAUGAUUGAGAAAUUAGAUGAACCUGCUCCUCUUGAAAUUAUGUUUAGAACUCCAAUAAAGAAAAUAAUAAUAAUAAAACAAUCUAAAUGAAAAAAAAACAACAACAACAACAACAACCUUAUUAUGUAGUUUGGCAUAAUAUUUAUUGUUUUAAUUAAUAAGUGAAGCAGUUUUGUUUGAAUUAUUUAAUUGUUUUAUUGUUUACUUUUCACUGUUUUGGAUAUCCUCAUACGUCAUUGACCAUUUUCUCUAAAUAACUACAACAAUGCAAAAUGUGAUUAUGAGUGACAAACUAAUAGAAUAUUCUUGAUUAAUGUUGCCACUUUGAACAAGCUAGAACUGAGCUGCAACUACUUUUACUGUUCUAAUUCACUUUUAACCAUCAAAUUGUACAUAAGGUUUGACUAUCAUUGUGUAUGAGGUGCUUGUGGUGUUGGGUUGCAACACCUCUACAUCCGCUCUCUUAACACUGUAUAAUUGGCAGUUUGGCUGGCAAAUUUUACGAUUACCCAUAAUGUACUGGGUCAUAAAAUAAUGAUAUUGUGGUAUUGCUGACUUAUUCUCUGAUGUUCAAAGGUAAAUAAAAAUAAGCAAGAUCAUCUUUCCUUUAUGUUUUGUUUAAAAAAGAUAUAUGUUUACUCUUCAUUCUUUUUUUCAGAUUAACACUUUUUAUUGAUUCACACACUUGAAACAGAAAAGCAAGACAAAACAUAAAUUCAUAGAAUCAAAUAGAACUCCCAUUAUUCCC